CCGCAGGGCAGCGGUUCUGCUUUCCGCUUCGCCGUCGCGAGGGUUUUAGAGGGGAGAACACAGGGAACGCCGAGAGGUUCAUAGGGAGAGGGAGGGAGAUGGCCGCCAUGGUCGGGGCGCGCAGGGCACUCCUCGCCGCCCGCUGCUCCCCUCGCGGCGCAAUCGCGGCAGCGGCCGCACCCGUGUCCCCUUACCGGCGCGUGGAUUCGCCGCCCAGUAUUCCAGCUGAAAGAGGUGGUCUGCAGUCUCUGGUUCCACAUCGAGGCGCUGGCAAUCUCGCAUCUGAACACAUUGAUGGAGACUACCACCAUGAGUGGGGAGCAAAUAGUGCAGGGAGUUAUGGAGACCUUCGUUCAAAAAACCUUAACCACCAACUUCAGAGAGAUUUCCCUUCGUCUGGUUCUACAACAGGUGUUGAUAGAAAUAAGGGCGUGAAUGUUGGUGGCUGUGGCAACACACAUUAUGGAGGCAAUUGUGAGCAACCUUACGGAAGUGGUGGAUCAUAUGGUUUUCCAAACAGUCAUCAGCCAUAUGCUAGUGCAAGAGUGAAUAAUGAGACACCUAAAUAUAGUGUGAGGCAACCUUAUGGAAGUAGUAAUCCAUACAAUCAGGAAAGCCUUAGUGAGGAUCUUCCAAGUGCUUGUCAGGAGUACAAUGGCACGGAAGCUAAUAAUGGCCUUUCUGGAUAUGGUAAAGGGCAAACGUUUCAUGAUCCUAACAGAUACGAUACAGGAUAUAACACCCAAAGUAACCAGAAGAUCUAUAAAGGAGAGGCAGCUACUUCUGGGCAGUAUGGAUAUGGUCCUUCACGACAAUCAUGUCCCAACUUAAUUGGAAACACGUAUCAUGAUUCUAAUGGAUAUGAUGCAUAUAGCUCUGGAUAUAACACCCAAAGUAACCGGAAGAUCUAUAAAGGCGAGGCAGCUACUUCUGGGCAGUAUGGAUAUGGUCCUUCACGACAAUCAUGUCCCAACUUAACUGGAAACACGUAUCAUGAUUCUAAUGGAUAUUAUGCAUAUAGCUCUGGAUACAACACCCAAAGUAACCAGAAGAUCUAUAAAGGAGAGGCAGCUACUUCUGGGCAGUAUGGAUAUGGUCCUUCACGACCAUCACUUCCCAACUUAAUUGGAAAAACGUAUCAUGAUUCAAAUGGAUAUGAUGCAUAUAGCUCUGGAUAUAACACCCAAAGUAACCAGAAGAUCAAUAAAGAAGAGGCAGCUACUACUGGGCAGUAUGGCUAUGGUCCUUCGGGACAAUCAUGUCCAAACUUAAUUGGAAAUGAUGAGCAAGUCUUUCAGAAACAGAAAUGUAUUAAUCAUAGAUCUGGUGGCAGUUAUCCAGAUCAGCCUGGAUAUCCUGCAUCCCAGUCCCAGUAUGCAAAUCCAACUGGUUUCCAUAAGGAGCAUGUUGCAGGGUUUCAGCAAGGCAACAAUAGUGAUUUUGGAUACAAGGCUUCACAAGCAUAUCAAUGCCCUUUUGUCACUAGCAAAGCUGACACACAGAGUAAUCAUCGAGGAUAUUCUAUGAACCUAAAUGCCGAUGUGCAACACCGCCCUCAUGGAAUUUAUCAAGAAAAGCAUUCACAUAUUCAACCUGCUGCGUCAUUUGGGAAUCACUUGAACAGUGCACCACAUCAAGAUGGCAUAUAUUAUCAGUCACUACCUGGAAACCCUUCAAGAUAUGGAUCGCCUAAUGAAGUAAGAAGCAAAUACAAUGGUACUGUUGAGGAACUGGAGAAGCUAUGUGAAGAUGGCAAAGUAAAAGAAGCUUUGGAAGUUCUGGCUUUGCUACAGGAAAAGAAAACUGUACUACAUGCUCCUCAAUACUAUAGAUUGAUGCAAGCAUGCAGUGAUUCAACUGCUCUUGCAGAAGCAAGAGUAAUACAUAGUCAAAUAUCUGAAUCGUCACUUGCUGUUGACACAGAUCUUCAAAACAAAAUUUUGGAGAUGUAUGCUAAAUGUGGUUCAAUGGAAGACGCAAAGAAUCUUUUCGAUACUAUGGAUCAUCAUGAUUUGACUUCUUGGAACACUAUGAUCUCUGGUUUUGUGCAUAAUGGUCUUGGUGAAGAAGCAAUUGAUUUUUUUUAUCAGUUUAAGGAGACAGGGGAUAAGCCAGAUCCUGGCAUGUUCAAGCAUAUUUUCUUGGCCUGUGGAAUCUUGGGCUCUGUUGAUGAGGGUAUGUUGCAUUUUGAAUCAAUGCAGAUAGAUUUUGGUAUAACUCCUACCAUGGAACAUUAUGCCAGCACUGUUAGUAUGCUCGGACAGUCUGGCUACAUUGCUGAAGCUCGUGAAUUUGUUGAACGGAUGCCUGUGGAACCAAGCAUUGAUGUCUGGGAAAGCUUGAUGAAUAUGUGUCGACUUAAUGGCUUUUUAGAGCUUGGAGCUUGCGCUCAAAUCAUUGAGCGUUUGGACUCUUCUAGGCUGAAUGAACAGUGUAAAAUGGGUCUUCUCCCUGUUGACGCUUCGGACCUUGCGAAGGAAAAAGAAAGGAAAAAGGCUAGUGUUGCUGAAGCUAGGAGCAAGGUCCAUGAGUAUAGAGCUGGAGAUCGAUCCCACCCUGACACUCCGAAGAUCUAUGAAGAGUUGAGGUACUUAGCUGCUCAUAUGAAGGAAGCUGGGUAUAUCGCUGAUACUCGAUUCGUGCUUCACGAUGUUGACCAAGAAACUAAAGAGGAUGCUUUGCUAGCUCAUAGCGAGAGGCUGGCUAUCAGUUACGGUCUUAUAACUAGUGCUGCCCGUUCACCUAUUCGUGUUAUAAAGAAUCUUCGCUCCUGUGGAGAUUGCCAUACGGCUUUGAAGAUAAUCUCAAAACUUGUUGGUCGUCUGAUCAUCGCAAGGGAUGCAAAGAGGUUCCACCAUUUUGAAAAUGGUGUGUGCUCUUGCAAAGACUAUUGGUGAACAAGAUACUAGAAGACCACAUCAUUGUCAAUUUUGAUCCACAAAACCACAAUAGGUUGUUUAUAUGCUAAAGGUAGGUUGUUGCCUAUCUAAUAUUUAGUUAGGCACUAGUUUCAUGUCAGGGAUAUGUUGUAUGAUGUCUUCUUUGUAACACUAUGCCCGGUUAGUGUUCUACUUUGCAGUUCAUGCGUUUAAGCCAGAAGCAUAUUCUUUAACUGCUGAUGCCCUUGGUUUAUUUACUUGCCACUGCAAAAUAAUUAGUAGAAUGAACUAGGUUUUGAUCCCCUGGUAUGUAAA